AAAUUCUCAACACAGCCUUUAAGUUUCCAAACAUCUGCUAGAAGAGGAAUGCAGAUUUAAACUGAGUGAGGUGUGGAGUGGGGGAAGUUCACGGGGCCUAGACUAAAGAACUCUGUGGAACUUGCCCAGACCACUGCACGCAUCAGACCUACGGUGAAUAUUGCAGGCCUGAAGAAAGCACCUUUUCUACUGCCAUGACAACCAUGCAAGGAAUGGAACAAGCCAUGCCAGAGGUUGGCCGAGGUGUGCCCCAGCUGGGAAAUGUGGCUGUCGUACAUUCGUAUCUGUGGAAAGGGUUGCAAGAGAAGUUUUUGAAGGGGGAACCCAAAGUCCUUGGGUUUAUUAUUUCAGGAUCCUUGUCAGUUGCAGCAGGAAUUAGAACUACAAAAGGCCUGGUCCGAGGUAGUCUGGGAAUGAAUGUCACCAGCUCUGUAUUGGCUGUAUCAGGGAUCUUAAUCAACGCAUUUAGCUUGUAUAUUUAUUCAUUCCAUCACCCUUACUGUUACUUCUUUGACAAGCCAAAUGAUUGUCACGGGACUCUGUCCAUUUUGAUGGGUAUGGAUGGCUUGGUGCUCCUCUUAAGUGUGCUGGAAUUCUGCAUUGCUGUGUCCCUCUCUGCCUUUGGAUGUAAAGUGAUGUGUUGUAACCCCGGUGGGGUUAUGUUAAUUCUGCCACCAAAUUCUCACAUGGCAGGAACAGCAUCUCCUGCUCCACUUAAUGAGGUUUGAUGCCACCGAAAGAGCAACAGAAAAAUGCUCCAGAAAAUCUAUGCUGACUGUAACACAAGAACCCUACAUGAGAAAAUACCAGAAUCCAACUCUGAUACUGAUAGACAUAUUGAUAUCAUUAUUAUAUGUAAUCCAAUUAUACACUGUGUGUGUAUAUAUAGAGAGAUAAUAAAUUCAAAAUUAUGUUCUCAUUUUUUCCCCUGGAACUCAACAACUCAUUUCCCUGGCUCUUUAUCAGAGUACUAGAAGUUAAAUAAAUAAUGCAUUUAAUGAGGCAACAGCCCUUGAAAGUUUUUCAUUCAUUAUAAGAUCUUUCUAUAAAGGCAUUACAUUGGCAAAUAAGAUUUGGAAGCAGAAGAGUAAAAAAGGUAUGGCUAAAAUGAGGCCUGCAUGCAAAACACAUACUUCUGCUCCCCUGUAUAAUAUUCCUCUCAUUUAUUUAACUUCGUUUUUCGUCCACCUAUGGGGACCAAAGUGCUUUUUCCUUCAGGAAGUAGAUAUGCUUGGCCUUCUCUUCCUCCCCCCGUAGACAGCACCUUGAAAUAGCACAGACUGUCCCUGCAUCAGCACAAGCUAUCAUUUGAGUAAAGGCACUGAUGAAAUAAAAAUCAUAUUAAGGAUCAGAUUCAUCUUAUAUUUUCUAUAUCUUCUUCUUUUCCCUUCUCCCACCUUCUACUGUGCAGACUUAUAUCUUAACUGAAUGUGUAUCCUGUGCCAUAUAUGGAAUUGUGCAACAUAUGGUAUUUUUAAAUACAUUUUUCAUUGCUGAGCAAAAAUAAAUACAAUUAGAAGCAAUA